UCUCAUAAUAAAUAAAUAAAUAAAAUAAAAUGCCUUUGGCAAAGAAGAAAAAAAAAAGGGGUAAAUUGGAAUAUAGGAAGUGGCCGGAAAUCCGAAAAGAGAGGGAGGGGAAAGGGGGGAAUCCACCUCGAAGAUUCCUCGUCUCGCUUCGCUCUUGCUCUUGACUCCGCUCUACCCGCCGCCGCCGCCCAAACGACCAAACGACCUCCUCCUUGUUCGGACUUUGGAGCAAGCAAAAGCAAUCGCAAUUAGCAACACAUCAAUCAAAUCCUUUGUUAGAUUUGAUGCGAGCGUCCUCCAAUCCAAGAUUAAUUUCCAUCUAUUAUUAGGGUACUCCUACGAAACAACAAGUAGCUAGCUAUUAGUGAGUGAGUGGAGAUUGAGAAUUGGAUGGGGAUUCCGAAUCCCAGCGACGAGGUGGUGCAAGUCCGGCACGGCGAUGUCGCCGGCGAGCCAACCGUGGUGACCAUUAGCUGCCCCGACAAGACGGGCCUCGGCUGCGACCUCUGCCGCCUUGUCCUCCUCUUCGGCCUCAACAUCGUCAAGGGAGACAUGAGCACUGAUGGGAGGUGGUGCUACAUCGUGCUGUGGGUGGUUGCAAGGCCCGGCCGCGCCAUGGCAAUGAGAUGGGACCUCCUCAAGGACAGGUUGAUCCAGCUCUGCCCUGUCGCCGCGCCAUUCGGCCUCGACAACCACCACCUCGCCGCCGCUGGUCUCCACCUCCACGACCACGAUGCACCUGCCCCCUCUCCCAACAUCUUCUUGCUCAAAUUCUUCUGCUACGACCGUAUGGGCCUCUUGCAUGACGUGACACGAGUGCUGUGCGAACUGGAACUCACAAUUCGUAGAGUGAAGGUCUCCACCACACCUGAUGGGAGAGUGCUGGAUCUUUUCUUCAUCACAGAUGCUAGGGAACUUCUACAUACAAAGAGCAGAAGGGAAGAGACCUAUGACAAACUUCAGAGUGUUUUAGGUGACUCCUUGACAAGCUGUGAAAUAGAAUCUGCUACGGAGGAAAUGUCCUCUUGCCUCCAAGCUUCUACUUUGUUGCCACAUUCUGCGGUGGAAGAGAUGUUUAACGUAGAGGUUGUCGAGGAGCAAUCCAGGUCUUGUGGUGGUUUGUCAGUUGCAAUGGACAACUCUCUUAGUCCUGCGCACACUCUUAUUCAGAUCCAGUGUGGUGACCAUAAAGGCCUCGUAUAUGACAUCAUGAGAACACUCAAGGACUGUAACAUCCAGAUUUCGUAUGGACGAUUCUAUGCCAGCCAGAAUGGGAGCUGUGAGGUAGAUUUGUUUGCUGUGCAAUCAGAUGGGAAGAAGAUCGUUGACCAGCACAAGCAAAGAGCGCUGUGUUGUCGGCUGAGGACAGAGCUCCACCGUCCGCUGCGCGUGGCAUUGGUAAACAGAGGCCCUGACACGGAACUGCUGGUGGCUAACCCAGUGGAGGUGUCGGGCAAGGGUAGACCGCUGGUGUUCUACGACAUCACCCUUGCUCUCAAGAAGCUUCACAAACGGAUCUUCUUGGCUGAGAUUGGUCGGCAUGUGGUGGGUGAUAGGGAAUGGGAGGUUUACAGGGUGCACCUUGGUGAGGGAGAUCAUUCUUCAUUGCGGAGCAAGAUUGUUGAUGGAGUCACCAACAUGCUCAUGGGCUGGGACGACACUCCUCCAUCCUAAUCCUACUAGUAGUAGUUCUAGUUAGUUUUUUUAUGGAACACACGUCCUUUGCCUUGUACAUAGUUGGUAGUGGCUGCUGUAAAUUGUGUGCCUUGUUAAGUCGUUCGUGGUAGAAUGCGUUGGCAGUAGCUAGCUUUGACUAAUCAAUCAGCAGCUAAUUUCAGUCUGUUUAGUUAGGGAGCACUCCCCUCUAGUUGUAUCACUAUCAAAACUGAAUAGUGCUCAAGUUAUCUAACAGGAGGAAAUGCUUACUCCUAAUUACUAAAGUGGUAGUGCCCGCAAUUAGUAAGCAA